AUGUUCAAUCAUGAACACAAGUACAAAUCUAAUUGUGAGCACCAAUCAAAAGAUAAGAGUGAGGUGGCAAACGAAGCUUAUGAAGCAGCGAGGAUGGAACGACCCCAUCUGAUCCUACGAAGAACCGCCGACAUGCUUAAAUGUCGUUGGGGUAGAGUUGCUCCAGUAUGUUUGAAGUGGUCUGGAUGUUAUAACGAGGCUCUUAGGAGGAAGAAGAGUGGCACGAGAGACGAAGAUGUGCUUAAAGAAGCGCAUUUAAUCCAUCAAAGAAAACACGAUAACUUUAACUUGAUUGAAAAACAAUUGGAUCAACAACCAACUGGUGGUGUUAGUAGUGAAAGUAGUGGGAAAAGAUCAAGGACGGAAGAAGAUUUUGAAACACCAACAAGUGAACCUCAAGGAGGAUCAUCUACUCGCCCCGAGGGUGUGAAGAAGGCUAAGGCUCACAUGACCGGAAAAAUGGUUGUAGAUCAAUCAAUUCAAGCUUUGAGUGCAUUUAGAGAGAGUCUUCGACUUAAUUCAGAAAUAAUGAAGGAGAAGACAGAACCUCAAAAACAAAAAGAAGCCUGA